AUGACAUCUUUCGACCACAAAACUGUCAUCAUCACGGGUUGCAGCAGCGGCAUUGGCCUCGCGACGACCCUCCUCUUCCUAUCACAGAAAGCCCGAGUCUUCGGCAUCGAUAUGUCGCCGUUCGACCAAGCCCUUGAUGUCACCCAGAAAGCGUUAUUCACCUUCCACAAAACCGACCUUUGCGAGCCCGGCUCAGCAGAAGAGGCCAUCGCUGCUUGCAUCGCAAAGUACGGACCGAGGAUCGACGUGCUGGCUAAUGUUGCAGGCAUCAUGGACGGUUUUGGCAGCGCCGAUACAGUCAAGGACUCGGAGUGGGAGCGCGUCCUAACCAUCAACCUCACAGUACCGGUCAGAAUGAUGGCAGCUGUGUUGCCCAGCAUGAAAGACCAGAAAAGUGGUGCCAUCGUCAAUGUUGGUAGUUAUGCAAGUCUUUCCGGUGCAGUGGCAGGCAUCGCAUACACAGCCAGUAAGCAUGGGCUUGUCGGUGCGACCAAGAACGUCGCGUGGCGCUUUCGUAAAGACGGUAUCAGGUGUAAUGCCGUACUCCCAGGUGGUGAGUACCACGUCUCGUUCUUGAACCCAGAAGAUGUUGUUUUAACAAGAGUUUCAGCCGUGCCGACCAACAUCCGCUCGUCGGUGGUGAAAGAGGACGUCGAUCAGGCUGCAAUGGAAAUGUACAAGUAA